AUGCCCUCUCUUCCAUCUUUCGUCGAGCUCAUGGCAUCCCUUGGACUUGAAGAGGAGACAUCCUUCUCUCAGCGCUCCUCUGCGUUUAGCCGACCCCGUUCUUCAUCAAAUGCGACGUCUUGCUCCUCUACUCAUGACGAUGAGUUGGGUUCUCCAUGGUCGCAGCACACCCAGACGGGCAACUACCUUCUCGUACCCUCUCGCCACAGCCGCCAUAGUAGCGUUGAUGUCGAUGCGUUCAACGUUCCACGACGUGGGCAAGGGAGAUAUACUCCAUACUUGGCUGUACAUGUUCCUAGAAAAAUGAGCAUGCCGUCCAUAUACUCUGAAGCAGACGCCGACAUGCCGAAGCGAGCUUUCUCGACUUCGCCACUGCGCUCGUCGGCAGGGUCCCCUCGUUCAGUACGAGGCUCUCGAUCUGGCAGUGCGUCGCGAUCUGGCCAUAGAUCUCAGAAAUCUUGGGCCACAGAAUCCGACCUACCCGCCAUCACCCCCAUCUCCACUUUCGUUCGUCGCAAAUCCCCACACAGUCCCUCUGUGUCUCCAACCGUGCCGACUUUCCCUCCUUCCGUACAUGACACAUUGGAACCUCUAUCACCAGUCGCGAUUCCCGCCCUUCCUUCCCUUUUGCCAUCAUUUUUACUCCCUUCUCCCUCAGCAGAGACCGUGGUCCAGCCACCUGGCCAGUCAAUGGAGGUUGAAGGUUACAACGACUCUCGCCGUCAUCAUGGCAUCAGAAUCUCGACAUCACCUCAUGAGAUCCGAAAGUCUUUGUGA